AUGUUACAACGACGUCAUAGGAAAGAAGAAGCUCAAGAUGCAGACCUGGAAAAUUUGGUGAUGGAGGAUAUAGCAGUGUCCGUGUAUGAAAGCUUUAAAGUGGAAAUAAGCAGUUCAAGCGACGCUUCCACAAUAAAUGGAAAUGAAGCAGAAUAUCUCGAGACUUGCAAAGAGAAAACUGCUAAAAUGGGCCCUGCACCAGCAUGCAGACCGCAAUUGGACACCAAUAUGGGGAUGUUGCACACGGAAAACAAAGGUACCACGUAUAUCAAUGUGCCCAUCCUUUUCAGUGGUGAGAAGAUGAACUAUGGGAAGGUCAGGGACCCAGCGGAGAGUUUCAUGUACCCAUUGACCUUAUUGCGAAAGAAGACGAGUAGCACCUGUUUUGACGAUGAACUUACUCUCGAGCACAAGCAAUGCCAGCUUCCAACAACAGGCUUAACUGAAUGA